AAAAAAAUAGGAAGUAUAGAGUACUCGAUAAUGUAUAUAUAGGGAGUAGAUUACUCUUCUCAAUAAAUCAAAAAGAAAGCAGAUGUUACUGAGUACUCCGUACUGGCUAGUGGCUAGUAGGCUUUUUUUACUCUAAUCCAAGAGAUCACAAAAACACAAUCAGAUUUUUUUUUGACAAAAAAUUAGAGUAUUCCGAUUUUCCCGCUCAUAAUUCAAAAAAUAAACAUUCAAAAAAUAAUUCCAUGUUCACCUCUUCCACUUUCCCUCAAUUUAACCCACGCUCAAUUUAAGUCCUUUCUCUCUCCUCAGUCCUCACCCACAUCUCUUCGUGCACCGCUUCUACACUAUUAACUGCGCUCUCUCUCUCUCCCCCCUCCUCACUAACCCUCAAUCAAACCUACGGUUGAACAAUUACAGUAGGUUUUUUGGCAAUUGAAUUUUCGAUGGAGGAGAGUGUGCCGCAGAAUCUGAAGAGGUGUUCUGAGGAAGAAUCUGUACAACCAAAGAAGAAAAUCACAACUCCAACCGACGAAGAAGAGUGUAAAUUGAUCGGUAAACCUGUUCCCGUUCAACAAGCGAAGGCACAAUGGCCUCAUCGCUUUUUAUCUAAGGGUAAAGCGGUAAAUGCAGCAAAGUUUUCAGUAGAAUGGAAUAGUGAGGAAAUUUUGCAAGCCUCAAACCACUACACCCAAGCUGUUGUUGAUGGUGUUGUAAUCAAGCUUCUUGAUGAUGUAUACAUUCAGGGAGAGAAAGGGCAGAGAGAUUACAUUGCUAAAAUUGUGGAAUUCUUCGAGACUGUUGAUAAGGAGCCAUACAUUACAGCUCAAUGGUUCUAUAGAGCUGAUGAUUCUGUCAUUAAAGAUCAUGCAAAUUUUGUUGAUAAGAAAAGAGUAUUCUUUUCAGAUAUCAAAGAUGAUAAUCCACUAGGAUGCAUUGUUAAAAAAGUCAAAAUUGAUUACAACCCUUCAGAUGUUGGGGUUGAGAAGCCUGAUGAUUAUUUAUACUGUAAUAUGCGAUAUAAAUUACCAUAUUUAACGUUUGAAAAUAUGGUGCUUGAUGAGAAAAACCAAGGCAGUGGUAGUGAUACUUCAUCAACUAUUUCAAGUGAUCAUAGUUCAAAUGAAGCCAUUGAUGAUGCCUCUAGUAAUGCGCAACCAGUCACUGAGAUGACAUUAUUAGAUCUAUAUUCCGGCUGCGGAGCCAUGUCAACAGGCUUAUGUCUAGGUGCAACUUUAGCAGGAGUAAAACUUGUAAAUCGAUGGGCGGUAGAUUUGAACCCUUAUGCUUGUGAAUCUUUAAGCAAGAACCAUCCAGAAACUAAGGUGAGAAAUGAGAUGGCUGAGAAUUUCCUUGCCCUAUUAAAAGAAUGGGAAAAGCUUUGCAAUGAUUUAGUAUUGUCACCUGCACCCCCCUCGGAGAUGGCGAAUCCUGAAGAUGAAGAGGAAGAAGAAGACAAUGACGAUCCACUAUCUCCUGGUGAGUUUGAGGUAGAGAGCUUACUAGAUAUAUGCUAUGGGGAUCCCAAUAAUGUGAGAAAACGUGGCCUUUACUUUAAGGUACACUGGAAGGGGUAUGGACCUGAAGAGGAUACUUGGGAGCCCAUUGAUGGAUUGAGUGGCUCUGAAGAAAGGAUUAAGGAAUUUGUCACAAAAGGAUACCAAUCAAAACUACUGCCUCUUCCUGGGGAUGUUGAUUUUAUAUGUGGGGGACCUCCUUGUCAAGGGGUUAGUGGAUUCAACCGAUUUCGAGAUACAAAUAAUCCUUUAAACGAUUCAAAGAACCAGCAGCUAGUAGUUUACAUGAACAUAGUCGAAUAUUUAAGGCCAAAGUAUGUCCUCAUGGAGAAUGUGGUGGAUUUACUGAAAUUUGCUGGAGGAUUUUUGGGCCGCUAUGCAGUUGGAAGACUUAUCGGUAUGAACUACCAAACACGGAUGGGGAUCAUGGCGGCUGGAUCAUAUGGUCUGCCUCAAUAUCGGAUGAGGGUGUUUCUAUGGGGUGCACACACUUCACAGAAACUGCCUCAAUUUCCUCUCCCUACUCAUGAUGUUGUUACAAGAGGCGGAGUUCCCGUUGAGUUUUCAGAUAUUAAUGUCUCACAUGGCAAAAACAGCCCUGUUCAGUUAGAGAAGGCUCUAUUAUUGGGGGAUGCUAUCUCAGAUUUACCUGAGGUUAAAAAUGACGAGGAGGAAGAUGUGAGGCCUUAUGGAGGAGCUCCACAAUCAGAAUUCCAGCGGUAUAUCAGACUACCAAGAGAGGAAAUGAUAUCAUUCAAUGGUUCAACUGAAGUUGCAUCAAGUCAUUCGCUUUUCGACCACCGCCCCUUGAAAUUGAAUGAUGAUGACAUUUUAAGAGUUUGUGAGAUUCCUAAAAAAAAGGGAGCAAAUUUUAGAGACUUGCCCGGAGUGCUUGUAGAUGCUAAGAACAAGGUAUCCUUGGAUCCUAAUGUGGAAAGAGCACUUCUUCCUUCAAAGAAACCAUUGGUUCCUGAUUAUGCAAUUUCGUACGUCAAGGGCAGCUCUUCCAAACCAUUUGGUAGAUUGUGGUGGGAUGAGACAGUGGCCACUGUUGUUACCCGAGCUGAACCUCACAACCAGAUUGUUCUACAUCCUGAGCAAGAUAGAGUGCUCAGCAUACGGGAAAAUGCAAGGCUACAAGGUUUUCUUGAUUGCUACCAACUCUAUGGCCCUAUCAAGGAGAGGUACAUUCAAGUCGGAAAUGCAGUAGCAGUACCUGUAGCUACUGGUCUUGGCUAUGCUUUCGGCAUUGCAAGUCAAGGAAAUGUUGACGGCAAUGCUGUGAUGACGCUACCUUUCAGAUUCCCUCAGUGUCUUGUUCGUGAGCAAAAUUGAGCUGUUGUCAUUAGAAUGUUAAGGAAAGAAGCAAUUGUGUAAAAGUCAUGGAAACAUUUAUAUUGAUUCAACUUUUAGCCUAUGAUUUAUAGGGGGAAAUAUUGAGAUUAAUUAAUUGUCUUCAAACUUCGGAUUGACAGUUUUUUGCUGAAUAUUCAAUGUACUCACUCUGCAAUUAAAAUAUGCAGAAAGGAGAAAAUGUAAUCCUAGAAAAAAGUUAUCAAUACAA